UGAUGUGAAAGGCAGGCUCUCUCCUCCUGAACAGAACCAGAGGACUGAGAGUGUAGAAGUCUAGUUAGUGCCUCCUGGAGUGAGGUGGGUUUUAGGGAUGAGUUGAGUUUGUGUUUAACUAAGAACCGAAGUUAAAAUGUCCUAAAUGUAGAGAAGAGACAAGAUUUUUUUGGGGAGAUGGCGGAGGAUGUGGACAAAGCAGCUCUUUUGGAGGACAAGAAGAAGAAAUGUGCUGUAGAUCGCGGUUCGGAAAAUACCGGAGAUCAAAGCGGAAAGCCGGGGCGCGCGCGCAACUGGACUGUUUGGACGUUAUUAGUGAUCGCGUGCGCUCCGGUACUCGGUGUCGGUCUCCAGUAUUUCAGAAACACACAGAUUUCUCAGCGUUAUGAAGAGGCGCUCAAGACCCUCGGAGCAGAAGGACUUUUCCUUUUCUCAUCUCUGGAUGCAGAUCAUGACCUCUACCUCAGUCCUGAAGAGUUCAAACCCAUCACUGAAAAACUCACAGGUGUCGCUCCUCCUGCGGAAUUUGAAGAGUUUGUCGCUGAUCCGAACGGAGAGACGCUCACGCUUCACGCAGCCAUGCAGCCGCUUCUGUUCGAGACCAUGACCAAGAGCAAGGACGGAUUUCUAGGGGUUUCCCACAGUGCUCUAAACGGCCUGCGUUCCUGGAAGAGUCCCGCAGUUCCGUCUUCCAGCUUCUCAGCUGCUCAGUUCCGGGUCUUUCUGCCCCCAAAGGGUAAAGGGGAGCCGGGGGACACAUGGUGGAUCAUCCCAAACGAGCUCAACAUCUUCUCUGGAUAUCUGUCCAACAACCGGUACCAUCCGCCCACUCCUCGUGGCAAAGAGGUUCUAAUCCACACGCUGCUCAGCAUGUUUCAUCCUCGCCCGUUCAUCAAAUCCCGCUUCGCUCCUCAGGGGAGCGUGGCCUGCAUACGAGCCGUCAGCGACUUUUACUACGACAUCGUGUUCAGGAUACACGGCGAGUUCCAGCUGAAUGACGUCCCCGAUUUCCCGUUCUGGUUCUCACCUGGGCAGUUCGCCGGGCACAUCGUGCUCUCUAAAGAUGCCUCUCAUGUCCGGGACUUCCAUUUGUACGUCCCUAAUGACAAGUCUCUGAAUGUUGAUAUGGAGUGGCUGUACGGUGCCAGUGAGAGCAGCAGCAUGGAAGUGGACAUCGGUUACCUGCCACAGAUGGAGUUGCGAGCGGCCGGGCCGUCCACGCCAUCCGUCAUCCACGACGAGCAGGGCAACGUGAUUGACACCCGAGGGGAGGGAGCAGAACCCAUCCACUUCGUGUUCGAGGAGAUCAGCUGGAGCUCGGAGAUCAGCCGAGACGAGGCAGCCGGCCGCCUCGAGGUCACCUUUUAUCCUUUUAAAAAGGUGGAGUAUCUGCCUUUCCCAGAGGCCUUCAGCAGGGCAGAAGCAGAAGGGAAGCUGGUUCACUCCAUCUUGCUCUGGGGAGCGCUGGAUGAUCAAUCCUGCUGAGGUUCGGGGCGGACUCUCCGGGAGACAGUCCUGGAAAGUUCGCCCGUCCUGGCCUUGCUCAACCAGAGCUUCAUUAGCAGCUGGUCCCUCGUCAAAGAGCUGGAGGACCUGCAGGCUGAUGAGAAUAAUCUGGACCUGAGUCAGAAGGCACGUUUACACUUGGAGCAGUACAGCUUCCCUGUGGAGAUGAUGGUGGUGCUGCCUAAUGGGACAGUGGUCCACCACAUCAACGCGAACAACUUCCUGGACCAGACUUCCAUGAAGCCAGAGGACAGUGAGGCAGGGUUCAGCUUCUCGGGUGGGUUCGAGGACCCGUCCACCUCCACGUACAUCCAGUUCCUGCAGGAUGGUCUGGACAAAGCCAAGGCUUACCUCAAGUCCUCAGCAUAAACUCUCUCUAUAUCUCCCUCCUUCUGUUUCACUCACACACACACACGUGAGGCAUGAUUUUCUUGGACCUUGUGCUGCACUGAAUUCCAGAAAUUUCUCUCCUUUCUUGUAAGCAAGUGACUGCAGAUUUUUCUACAUAUGCUAAUCUACUUUUUUAUGACCGGGGUAUAAGUGUGUUAGUACUUACCUGGGUAAGAUUUAUUACUGUACUAGUGACGAACAGGUUUAUCGACACACCAGCUCUCUUUAAUCAGAACUUUAAUCAGGUUUCUCUCCUUCCCAGAACGUAGUCAUCGAUCACUAAAGGCGGCAGUGGCACUAAACCGUUAAGCUGCUGGUUCACACACACAUCUCAAUGAUCAAUGAAAUCUCUUAUGAUGAGUGAAUGACGUGCGUGCGUUUAGUUUGUCCUUGAAUAGAGCAGUUUGUGAUGGUCUGUUCUGAAAGCUCUCUGUGGUGGGACCAGACCUGAUGUCUUUGUUUCAGUGCAGACACACCCAUUCGCACACACGCACACAGGUUAAUGUAAUUUGUAUGUUUCUUUUCAUGGACAGUACUACUUCAGUAGCUGCUUUGUGUGUUCUGAGGCAAGUAUGUAUGUGUGUGUAUGAGUGUGUGUGUAGGCAGGCAUCUGUGUAAAGCGAUUGUGAGUGUUGGCGUGUGUCCUUGGAUGGAGCAGUUUGUGAUGGUCUGUUCUGAAAGCUCACCGGGCGAGACCAGAUCUGAUGUCUUUGUUCCAGUCCAGAGACACACACAUAUGCGCGCGCACACACAUGCACACACCUGCUUAAAGAGGAGUGUGUAGUCUCGUCCUUUAGUCACAGUCAGUACUAACUAUGCAAACUUGUUAUUUAUGGAACUAGGAUUAAACAGCAAGUUUAGUGAAAGACUGUUAUAUUGUAUUAACAGUUAUCUCUGUAUUAGAAUAACUUACUGUACUUUAUUCUUUUAAAUAACACAUUAAAGACCACGCCAAAGAUGAGUAAGAGAGGUUUAAGAUAAAUUGUACUCGUGUUUAUUAGCUUAGAUGCAGUACUUUACCUGCAAGUCAGAUUCCUGUAACACUAACGUGGCCAGAUGUCUGAAGUUUGCAUCUUUUGUUUUGCACCUGUGCUACAAGUCUAAUGGAGCUAACAACUAUUGAGCGUAACACUCAACACUUGUCACAAGCUGUGUUACAAAUCAAAAGCAUGGUGUAUUACACUGCCCCUAGUGUUUACACUAGGAUAGCACAAGCGAUGUGUGAAAGUGCACAUGGGAUGUGUGCAAGGCGGCCAUCUUGUGUCCAAACAUAUAGCUAGACAUAUAAAGUAUAAUCCAAGAUCACAUCAAUAAACUAGAUUACACAAGCAAGAACAUCUGGAUUUCAGCUCUAGCUUUAAAACCGAUCAAGCUGGAUAAUUGUUUUUUUUUUUUGUCAAGUUACAUAUUAAUUUCAUUUAAAAAUAAAUUUAUUAUGUAAAAUCUCAACAUGUGUCUAUAAAUGAGGAAAAAUCAGUUGAAAAGGUUCAGUUGGUCAAAAGUAAUGGCGCUCUGUGUUACUCUGUUGAAUAUUUAACCCCUCCCACCACCACCCCUCCAAUAAGGAGUAUAAAGGAAAUUAUUAAAUUCUGGUUAAAAAAAUAAAAAAAAUCUUGAUUUUGUCUGUUUUCACAAGAUUUAAUGCUUAUAGCUGACCGAACUUCAUAGUUUAUUUACAUGAAAACAAAAAAAUUAUUAUUAUUUUAUUGAUUCCUCAAAUGGUAUAAUUGCAUCAUAGCCUCAGGAAGAGCAAACGAACAUGAAACCUCUAGAACAAUUGUGGUAAGAGAAAAUCUGUGCGAAUUUGUGUUAUUUGAAGUGUCCUGUUUAUCAUUAGUGUGUACUAAAUGAAAACUUUCCCAGGAUAAAUGUAUCUGUUGUGGAGUUAAAUGGUGUAACCAGAAAAUAAAGAGCUUUUCUACCUGUUCAAGGA